AUGGGAUUUGCCACCAUUGGAUACCCAACAAGACACCAUAAGAGGCGGAAACUGCCUGAUCAUCAAAACUGCCCAGUAUACUACCAUAACAAUAAUAAAAACGUACGAACUAAAAGAAAUAAAAGGAUAACUACCAUAAAGCUCAUAUCAAAUACAGAUGAUACGUCCAUAUUAGUACAGAGUAAUAGACGACCUCGAAAGAAAAUAACUUUUCAAGAUCUUCCGUGUGAAAUUAUUCAAAGAAUAUUUAUUAUGACAAAUGAUACAACGUGUAUGCCAUUGUUAAACAAGUUUUUCUUUGAUUGUUUGCGCCCAUCUUACUAUUUAAUACGGCAGAUAUUGAUAGAACGAUAUCUUUUCAAUCCUAAGAAGUAUGGGAUUGAAAGAUGUCUACAAGAUGAUGGAUAUUUAGUCAAUCCAGAAAUAUUUGAUAAUACUUUAUUCGCAGGAUAUUUCCUUACCCAUAUAUCGUCACUACCAGUACCAAUUGAUCUUUUUGCACCAAGAAGUCUCGUUCCUUAUCUACAUGAUGAAAACAUACCAGAUGACUUCGUAUUCGAUAUUAGUCGACUUGGUAAAGGAGAAUUUGAUCUUCCAAUGUAUUUUUAUCAUAAUUUCGAUGUAUAUUGUAAUAAUCCUUCAAUUUUGCAAACACUUUCAAAAUAUUUUACGAUAUCAAAUAUACCUUUGAUUCUAGAAAAUUUUUUAGAUUGGUCAUUAAGUUAUGGAACACAUUAUGGUUGUUCUACGAUUGUGGAAGUACUCAUAUGUGUUGCAUCAUUUUUAAACUCAAGAAACAUAUCUAUUAAUUCGCAACAUCUAAUGGUAAUAGCUUUGCAUAGAUUGUAUAAUUAUAAUAUGUCAGAUCCAUUAAACCACUGGCGAAAACUUUUUAAUUCUUCAAAUGAUGAAAAGAUUAAUAAUUAUAAAGAAGAAUUUAUUCAACAAAUAAUAAAUCUUUUCUACGGGAUUAAAAAUGAGAACGGAACAAAACUUUUAUCAGGAAAUGAAAUUUGGCGGAUCCUUGUUGACCUUUCAAAUAUGAAACUCAUCGGUGUCUUCACAAAAUAUGGAGUGUAUCCGGAGAUCUCUAUGAUAGGUGCUACUUAA